AUGGCUUCGCUCUCCGCCAAGAAAGGUGACAAGUCGAUGCGUGUCCCGCAACCUGUGCAGCAGGUGGACCGUCGCCGCACCGAGGACAUCUGGCUGGAGCUGCGGAGAGCCUUCGACGAGAUACAGGAGAAGCAGAAGACCGCACAGCGCUUCGACGUGCUGUACAGGGACGUGUAUGCCAUGGUGAUGCGGAACGAAGGGGCGCGCCUCUACCGCGGUGUGCGCGACGCCGUGACAGAGCACCUGACCAACAAAGUACGCGCCCUCGUGUUGGCUAAGGUUGGGGAGGACUUCUUGCAGACGCUAAAUCAGGCCUGGAAGGACCACCAGAAGAGCAUGACAAUGAUUAGAGGCAUCGUGGCGUACAUGGAAGGCUCGUACGUUUGUCAGAAGAACGUUGACAACGUGCACACACUGGGCGUGUUGCUCUUCCGGGAUGAGAUAGCGCGCAGCGAUCACGUACGGGACCGCCUUCGCGAAACCCUGCUUGAACUGGUGAAGGUGGAUCGAGAAGGCAAGCCUGUCGACAAGCUUUCCAUGAAGGAGGCGUGCGAAAUGCUCGCAAGCCUAGGACUCGAUUCAAGGUCCGUGUACGAGGAAGAUUUCGAGCUGCCAUUCCUGGCAGAGUCCGCGCAAUUCUACGCGUUAAGCGGCCAUCAUUAUAUCGACACUAUGGACACUCUAGAGUACAUCGCCAAAGUCGAGCAGCAUAUCAAGGAAGAGUCAGAGCGGGCGAGGCAGUGCCUGUGCGAGUCAACCGUGGCUCCCGUGGUGCAAGUCGUGAAGGAGGAGCUCAUCGGCAAGCAUAUGAAAGCCAUCCUGGAGAUGGAUGACUCUGGCGUUGUGCAUAUGCUCAGGAACCGAAUGACAGAGGACCUGGCCCAUAUAUUUAGGCUCCUCAAGUGCGUACACGACGGUCUCAAGACAUUGCUUGACUAUGUCAGCAAGUACCUGCGCGACCUAGGAAGAUCAAUCAUGAACGAGGAAGGGAACUCGGUGGGCAUUGUACCGAAAGUGAUGGAGCUGAAAGAUCGCUUCGACCACUUUCUACAGCACUCUUUCAACGACGAGCAACUCGUCAAGCAAAAGAUCGCAACCGACUUUGAGUACAUACUCAGCCUGACCCGUAAGACACCCGAGCAUCUCUCUGCGUUUGUAGACCACAUGUUACGAAGGGGAAUUAAGGGCAUGACAAAGCAGGAGAUUGACCAGUUGAUGGACAGGGUUAUCGCGUUAUUUCGGUCGUUGCAGGAGAAAGACCUUUUCGAUCGCUAUUACAAGCAGAGCCUGGCCAAGCGGCUGCUGCUCAACAAAAGCGCCUCGGACGAGGCAGAAAGAACUAUGAUCGCCAAGCUCAAGGUUGAAUGCGGUUGUCUGUUCACCUCAAAGAUGGAAGCCAUGAUCAAGGACAUGCUUAUCUCCAACAACUUAAUGCAAGAGUUCAAGGCGGCAAUUUCCUCUAGCAAAAUGGACUUGGACGGAGUCGACCUGAACGUGCGCGUGCUCACCACGGGCUUUUGGCCGCUGCCUGCCGCCCCGCAGCAAAGCACCAUCCCCGCCGCCCCGCGCAGCGCUUUCGAGACGUUCCGGCGGUUCUACCUGGCGAAGCAUGGCGGCCGAAAACUAACUCUGCAGCCACAUCUGGGCUGGGCCGACUUGAACGCCGUGUUCUACGGGUCACGGAAGAACGAGCCAUCGACGUCGCAAGCGGCGAACCCACCGUCCGGUGCGCUGCAGUCACGCACCUACACCAUCCAGGUGUCGACGUACCAGAUGUGCGUGCUGAUGCUGUUCAACGGCCGCGACGAAAUAUCGUACGAGGAGAUCUCCUCCGAAACCAGCAUCCCCGAACCAAACCUGGUUCGUGCCCUAAAUUCGCUGUGCACGGGAAAGGACUCCGAGCCAGUGCUUGCGAAGACGCCGAAAUCAAACGUUAUUGACAAGGACCACGUUUUCGCCGUUAACGAAGAUUUCACGUCCGGUCUGCAGAAAGUCAAAAUUGAGUCAACGACGAGUAAAAAAGAUUCCACGCCAAAGAAUAGUGGCAACGUGGACAACGUGGGCAACGUUGACGAAGAGCGACGGUAUGAGCUGGAAGCCGCCAUCGUGAGGAUAAUGAAGGCAUGCCGAACACUGUCGCACGAUGAACUUUUGAUCGAGGUGACGAACGUGCUUGAAGCCAGGUACACUCCCAGUCCCGCUGCGUUCAAGAAGAGGGUCGAUGCCCUCAUAGAAAGAGAGUACCUUGAGAGGGAUACCGAGAACCCAGAAGUAUAUAUAUAUUUGCCCUGA